AUGGAAGGUGCUGCAGACCUUACACCUAAAGUUGCAUCAAAUGGCAACAUGGAACACGGUCCAGAGCUAGAUGGAGGCAAUAACCACAGGGCUGGAGUGGAUGCAAGGGGCCUGCUUGUCACUCCAACUACACUGCCAAAGGCAGUGAAAUCACAUUCCUCAACAGGUGAUGGAGAGACACUACGAAGACCUCGUGGGAGACCAGCAGGAUCCAAGAAUAAGCCCAAGCCACCAAUCAUCAUCACCAGAGACAGUGCCAAUGCACUCCGAGCACAUGCAAUGGAGGUGAACUCUGGCUGUGACGUCAAUGAAAGCUUGGUGAGCUUCGCCAGGAGGAAACAACGAGGAAUAUGCGUGCUUAGUGCAACAGGCUGUGUAACAAAUGUCACAUUACGCCAACCUGCUUCAUCAGGAGCGAUUGUAACGCUUCAUGGCCGAUUUGAGAUCCUCUCGUUGCUUGGAUCAGUUCUGCCCCCACCAGCACCACAAGGAGUUGCUGGCCUUACCAUCUAUUUAGCAGGGCCUCAAGGGCAGGUCGUAGGUGGGGCUGUGGUUGGUGCACUCAUUGCUUCAGGCCCUGUGGUGAUCAUGGCCGCAACUUUUAUGAAUGCAACUUUCGAUCGCUUGCCUCUAGAUGAUGAUGAAGUGGUUACUACUGCAGCUCAGAACCAGCAGUACCAAAACGGUAGGCAACGACACCAUGUUGAUGCUUCGGAAAUCUACGGAUUGCCACAAAACUUGAUCACUAACGGCACUUUACCUCCUGAAAUGUACUCCUGGGCGCCAGGGCGUGCUCUAUCCAAAUCCUAG